AGAAGGGUGGAAAGAAAGCAGAGAGACUCAUUUUUUUCUUUCGGUAAAAUCACAAAGAAGUUCAAAGACUUUUUAUACCCCCAAAAGCCUUUUUUAGGGUUUUUCGGAGAUGACAACGCCGGCCAAUUCAUCAACCUCCGACUCCGACUCCGAAAUCGAGACCCCUCCUAAUCCUCCCCCAAACCCCACCCAAAAUUCAGACCUAAAUGUCACUUCCGAUGCCUUAAUCUCUAACCCCUCCAGCCCACCUGUUGUUUGCCUCCUUAGGUUCGCCGGCGAUUCCGCUGCCGGCGCUUUCAUGGGCUCCAUUUUCGGCUUUGGUUCUGGUUUGAUUAAGAGGAAGGGCUUUAAAGGAUCUUUAGGAGAGGCAGGGUCUUCUGCCAAGACAUUUGCAGUUUUAUCCGGAGUUCACAGUUUAGUAGUAUGUUUCUUGAAGAGGCUGCGGGGGAAAGAUGAUGUUAUCAAUGCAGGAGUGGCUGGGUGCUGCACUGGUCUUGCUCUUAGUUUUCCCGGUGCACCUCAAGCUCUACUUCAAAGCUGUCUCACAUUUGGGGCAUUUUCCUUCAUCAUUGAAGGUCUUAACAAGCAGCAGCCUGCACUGGCCCUUUCCUCAAACAAUAAGGUGACCGUCAGAAGUGGGCAACCUUUGGCUCUCCCUCCUCUGGCAUUUCCCCUUCCAAACGAACUUAAGGAGUCGUUCUCAUUCUUUUGUCAAUCCAUUAAAAAGCGGCACACGCCUCGGAAUUUUAAAUCCACAGCAGAGAGUGGAUAGACUACUGUUGAAGGAUUUUGUAAAUUUCCAGCUGUAUCAGACCUAGUUAUCAUUCUGAGAAUAUAUGAUGGUGUUGGACAAAAUUACUGAAGUUGUCGUUCAUUAUCAAUCAAUCAUCUAGCCAAAUAUUCUGUCA